UUUCCAAAAGGGCCUACUCCCGCGAGGCUGCGGUUCUGAGUGCGCAGGCGCGAACGGAAGUCCUCUUUCCGGAAAAAUGGCGCUGCGGUUGAUGUGCGGACGCCGGGAGCUCCUGCGCCUGCUACGGCCCCAGCGUCAGUUCCACGUUGCAGGGCCUUACCAGUGGCCCCAGAAACCACUGACAGCUGGGCUCCGGUUCCCAGCCGGCCAGUGCUGCCGGCACCAGCACUAUGUCCUCCUCAUGGCCCCAGGCCCACGCGGCCUCAGUACCUCUGCCAUCUCUUUUGCAGAAGCCCAGCAGGUUCAGGCCCCUCCAGUCAUUCCUGCACCACCGCCACCCACAGCGGCAACUGAGGUGGCUUCUGGAGACACUGCAGAUAUAGUCCACGCUGCUGCAGAACAGAGCUUCUCUGAACUGGGGCUGGGGUCAUUCACCCCAGUGGGACUGAUCCAGAACUUACUGGAAUUUAUGCAUGUUAACCUAGGCCUGCCUUGGUGGGGGGCCAUUGCUGCAUGUACGGUCCUUGCCCGCUGCCUGGUGUUUCCUCUCAUCGUGAAGGGCCAGCGAGAGGCAGCCAAGAUCCACAACCACAUGCCAGAGAUUCAGAAGUUUUCCACCCGAAUCAGAGAGGCCAGGUUGACCGGAAACCACACUGAGUUUUACAGGGCCUCCUCGGAGAUGACGUUUUACCAGAAAAAGCAUGAUAUUAAACUCUUCAGACCUCUCAUCCUGCCUCUGACUCAGGCCCCAAUCUUCAUCUCCUUCUUCAUCGCCUUGAGAGAAAUGGCCAACCUUCCUGUGCCCAGCCUGCAGACAGGUGGCCUCUGGUGGUUCCAGGAUCUCACACUAUCCGACCCCACCUACAUACUACCUCUGGUGGUCACUGCUACAAUGUGGGGUGUCCUUGAGUUAGGUGCGGAAACCGGAGUGCAAAGUUCUGACCUUCAGUGGAUGAGAAAUUUUCUCAGAUUGAUGCCCCUGGCAGUCUUGCCCAUAACUAUCCAUUUCCCCUCGGCAGUGUUCAUGUAUUGGCUCUCCUCCAACAUGUUUUCCCUGGGCCAGGUGGCUUGCCUGCGUAUUCCAGCCGUACGCACUGUACUUAAAAUCCCCCCGCGUGUUGUGCAUGACCCUGACAAAUUACCUCCACGGGAAGGCUUCAUAAAGAGCUUCAAAAGAGGCUGGAAGAAUGCCGAAAUGACACAUCAGCUGCAGGAGCGGGAACGACGCAUGCAGAAUCACUUGGAGCUGGCAGCCAGAGGCCCCUUACGACAGACUUUUACCCACAACCCUCUGCUACAGCAUGGAAAGAACGACCCUGCCAGCACCCCUAACAGCAGCAGCAACAACAAACCAAAGUCAAAGCAUCCCUGGCGUGACACGCUUGGCUGAAUUCUGUCCCCUGCUCAGGCUGGCAGGAACUCUGUCUCUUCAGAGGACUCAACCUUAGAAUAAGUUGGAGGCUGGGUCCUUGCCCCAGACCUAGAAACUGUGGGACAAGUUCAUUUUAGAAGUGGAUUCCACUACAGACUCUUCGCCUAAAUGUAAAAGAGCACUGGGGAGCCACGUGUUCUUCCCAUCCACAGAAUUAGUAAACCUCUCUACUAUACACUGCUUCCCGACACUGAUUAAACAGGGAAAUGGAGCCUGUGCUUCAGAAAACAGAA